AUGGAGUACUCUUUUCUUCAAGAUUUAGACAAUGAUAAGGGUAGUUUGAUGAUAAGAGUUCGAGUUUGUAGGAUGUGGGAAUCAAUCAACACCAAGAAAAAUGGAGAACUUAUCAGUCUUGACAUGAUUUUCAUUGAUGAAAAGGAAAAUCUUAUGCAUGCAACAAUCAGAAAAAAUUUAGUUACCAAGUUUAAGCACUUUUUGAGUGAGGGUUGUUUAUAUAGUAUAAAAAAUUUAAAAGUGGUUGCAAGCACAGGCGAGUACAAACCUCUUUCUAAUGAGAACAAACUUCUUUUUUUGGUUACAACUUCCCUAAAGAAGUUGGAAGAAGGAAUUGUUAAGAUUCCAAUCAAUGGAUUUCAAUUCAUAUCUCAAAGUUUAAUUGAUUUACGUGUCAAUGACAAUACAAUCCUCUUAGAUGUUGUUGGAUGCUUGUGUGGAGUGGGUGACAUUGAGAUUGUUGGAGGUAGCUGGAAAAAAAGAGACAUAAAAAUUAUAACAAAUUAG